AUGUUAGGAUUAUUAAACGUACUGCUGACUAGUCUCUCACUUGAAUUAUGCAUACCAAUUUUCAUUAGCCGCAAUAUUGAUGUUUUUCGUUGGCUAGCUAUGAAACAUACAGAAGAUUUUGCUAAUAUUGGUGUUGAAUCUUCUGAUGCUUGUAGAAGAUUAGCAUUAUUCACUCAAGCUCUUCAUCGUCAUUUAAAUGGUUUACCUUUAUUUACAUCAUUAGAUUAUGAAGAAGAUAGUGAUGAUGAUGAUGAUAAUCGAUCUAUCUCAGCAACUGAAAUUCUGUGUAACCCAGGAUCACAUAUUGAACUUGAACUCAUUGAUCGUACUGUGACUUUAUUUGAUCAUUAUACUCGUCCAAACCUUACAACAAGACAAAGGAAAUCUCUACGCUGGUCGUCUACUUUAUCAGUUUUAGGUGAAUCUGUAGCUACUUUAAAUACACCAGCAACAACAACAACUAAUACCAUUAAUGAAACCUCAACUUCAAUACCACCUCCUCCGUAUGAAGACGAUACUAGAAAUAAAAGUGGGUUAAUCAAACGUUUAUCCUUUCGAUCAAAACGAAAAAGACCUCUCUCUAUGCCUGCCAACUGGAUUUCAUCUGAUACUACAAGAAUGCAUCCUCUCCGUAUUUAUGAAUCUUCACCAACCACAGCAGAAACUAGAGCUAAUAUUAGAGAACAAAGGGCUCAAUAUCAUUUGGUCAAAUUACAAGAAACACAACAAAAACAACAACAACGGGAUAUGUAUUUACGUAAACGAUGGGAAAAAUGUCGAUCGUGUGUGAUAUUACCAAGGGAAGAAGAAGGACGGGAAGAAUUACCAGCAUACAAUUGUACGGUUUACAAAAUGGGUCAUGUUUUUGUGAAAAAGGAAAAGGAUGGACCAGAUAUUAAAAGUCGACGACGAUCAUGGAAAUUAAUGUAUGUGGAACUUUGGGGUACUAUUCUUCGAUUAUAUCAUGCAAAAGAUGCAACAAGAUCUCCUACAACUAUUAUCUUUAACAAUGAGAACAAGAAGAACAAGAAGAAAAAGAGUGAUCUAAUGGCUGCUGGUGCUUCUUAUUACAAAGGAUUGUUUAGACCUAGUCGAAUUGGUCAUGGUACUUCUGGUGUUCAUCUUGAUCAAGGAUCGCAACUACUCUUUCGACUUGGUUCUCAUAUAGAAAUGAUUUCUUGGAUUGAACAUUUACAAGCAGCUAUCAAUAUCUCUUUAGAUUUGGAAUUACGACCGAUGCCCAAAUUCAUGACUUUACCCAAUCGACUUUCUGUCAAUAAUAACAGUAUAAAUAAUCCACGAGCUCUUCAAUUGGAACAGAUUAGAGAACAACGACAAAGGGAACAAUACGAAAUCUUACUUUAG